CAGGAAAAUCUGGUGGAGUCAGCGGAGGGAGGACAGCUGGGCUCCUCCUCCUCCUCCUUUGCUUAUCAGCUCCACAGACUGUGGAUCAGGAGCACGGAAAGUAAAACCGUGACGGCAGAGAUGGGCGAGAGAGGACGAGGAAGACAACAGGAGACGAGGACAAAAAAGUAAAAAAAAAAAAAGAACUCAGAGCUUCCAGCCGUGUGUGGAUUUGGACCCAGCAGUGACCAUGUACAGCGGUUAUGGAGGGAGUCCUUCCAGAACCCUGUCCACCAUGUCGCUGUCUGCACGGCCCGUCAGACGGAUCACCUCCAGAUCCAUCACUAGGAGCCAGAGCUUCACUGGAGUCAACACUCGCGACAAGUACUACAGGAGUCUGUCAGCGUUCAACACUCCAGGAAUCAGCAGGAAACCCAGCAGAGCCAGCAGAAUGUUCACUGUGUCCAGCAAGUCCAACCCGCCUCCGAAAACCCCUCAACCCGAACGAGUGGACGAGGUGUUCGAGGCGCUGAGAAAAGGCCUUCAGUCAUACCUGCAGGUUCAUCAGACGGAGUUGGACAGUCUGAGCAGGCAGAUUAAAGAAUCAAAGAGGAACUCACGGCUGGGCUUCCUGUAUGAACUGGACAAGCAAGUUAAGGUGACAGAGAGGUUCAUAAGACGACUGGAGUUCCACCUCAGCAAGAUUGAGGAGCUGUAUGAGGCGUACUGUCUGCAGAGGAGACUCCGGGACGGUGCCAACAAGAUGGUGAAGGCCUACACAGAGUCCAGCAACAGCAAGGAGGCCAGAGAGAGCUUAGCAGAAGCCAGUAAAGGAUACAGAGAGUACACCGAGAACAUGUGUGUGAUGGAGAGCGAGCUGGAGAACCAGCUGGGGGAGUUCCACAUCAAGAUGAAAGGUCUGGCUGGAUUUGCUCGUCUGUGUGCAGGUGACCAGUACGAGAUCUUUAUGAAAUAUGGCCGUCAGCGGUGGAAACUCAGAGGCAGAAUCGAGAUCAACGGGAAACAGGUUUGGGACGGUGACGACAUGCUGUUCCUUCCUCUCAUCAAUGACUUUCUCUCCGUUAAGGUGACUGAGCUGAAGAGUUUAGCCAAUCACGUAGUCAUAGGAAGUGUUUCGUGUGAGACGAAGGACCUGUUUGCUGCUUUACCGCAGACCGUCGCCGUGGAUAUUAACGACCUCGGCACCAUUAAGCUCAGCCUGGAGGUCACCUGGAAUCCAUUUGAUAAAGACGACUCCGGGUCGGUGGCGAGCUCUGUGAACAAAGCUCCAUCUGUCAAUAAAAGAUUCUCCACCAUCCUGAACCAGACGCCACCAGACACGCCGUCCCUACGGGAGCAAGCUUUCUAUAACAUGCUGCAUCACCAUGAAGAGCUGGAGAAUGGAACGGCGUGGUCAAAUUCAUCAGAGUCGUCCGAUGAUUCGUCAAGUCCUCGGUUGUCUGCAUUUGGGCAGCACAACUCCACGCAUCAAAAAGUGAUGAUAGUUACACCUGGAGCACAAAGCUCCUCCCACCAGCCGGACGUCUCAUUUCUUCCUGGAGACGCCUCGACGCCAAACUCUUCUUACAAAACGAAAACCAUCAGUGAGGCUCCAAACAUGUCACACCCCAAAGCAGAGGGCAGGGACGAGGAGAAAGUGAUGGUGACCACAGUAGGACAACCUGGCAGUGAGGACUCUGGGAAACAGUCACCCCUGGUAACGGUGGAUUCAGCGGUCACAAACAGUCACAGCUCGCACGGUUAUUCUCGAUCUCUCAGCCACAUUAGUGAAAGCAGCACAGACGGACUAGUUUUGACAGACCGGUCUGAAUCGGGAGAGGUGGUGUCUCUGGUCUCCGGGAUCUCAGUCAGUAGCAUUGAAAUCAUCUUGACCAACAGAACUUCAGAACCUCCCAGCUCCGUUGGCGUAGGGGCGUCACCAAAGAGGCUCUCUGUGGUUAAGGAAAUCCCGAAAACUGACGGCACCGAUCCAAAACCAGCAGAGGAGGAGCAGAGGACGGAAGACACCCAACGUCCAUCACAAACUAACGCCCUUCUGUCAGAAGGUGCGGAUGUGACAUAUGUGGCCCGGCGGGUGGCUGUGGUGCAAGAAACCCCGCGGGCAGACACAGAAGAGGACGGUCAGGUGGACAGCGGGCUGGAGGACGCUCUGGGAGCCAUUGUCUCUGCGCUGGACGACUACAGGGGCCAGUUCCCCGAGUUACAGCUGCUGGAGCAAGAACUGAUGCUGCUGCAGGUCACACUGAAGGGCGGCAGAAACAGCCGCUCUCCCAGCGUGGUCAGUCUCACCGUGGAAACGGCUCUGGGCAGCUUUGACUUCCUGAACACCUCUGACGGCGAGGAGGAGGAGGAGGAGCAGUGCAGAAAUGGCCGGUCUUUGCAGGACCGAGUCUGGGACAAAACCUCCUCGUCCUCCCCCACCUCUGCCCUCACCACAGGCUCCACCACACUAGACUACUCUCUGGUGGUCCAUCUGAAGAACUGCAACUCACAGCUACUGCGUCUGGGUACAUUUGGUCCUCUGCGCUGUAGAGAGAUGUACGCUCUGGACAGACUACUGAGAGAGACUCAAGUCUUCAAAAUCAUCCGAUGCAUCGCCAAGGACGACCCCCGACGAUCCAGGCAGCCUGCAGAGGUCAUACCGCAGCUGGACUUGUGCCGAGGUGCUGUGUUGCUAUGGCAACAGAGUGUGGGGCAGGGCAGUGUCUACGGUGUUUCCGCAGAGACUUUCCUGGCGUCCUUAGUGGCGCUCUACUCCAUCAAACUGCCUGAGAGGGCGAGCAACAUGGCCGACACAGUGUUCCUGUGUCUGCUCGAGCGGGUAUUGUAUCAGAAGCUGCCACGGCGAGGCACCAGCAGGCACGAAGUGAAGGUGACAGUGUUCCAGCUGUGGAGUUACCUGGACGCCAACGACGUCAGAGAUUUGGACACACACGUCUCUGAGCUGGCAGAUGAAGUCUGGUUGACCCGAAGUUUGGCAUCAUGUGACCAGGAUGUGAUCAUCCAAACUCUGCGGCGCCCCCCAGAGUCCAGCCUGAAGAGAGAUGGGCUUCAUGCUGUGGUCAAACUUUUGAAAGACCCACGAGCUAAAGUUUCAGCCUCUGCUAGCUCUGUAUUGCGAAGCGUGGCGACCCAGCCCAGACACCGCGAGCAGGCGCUGGUUGGCUGCUUGGAGCUGCUAGAAGACGACAAUGUGGACACGAGAAUCUGUGCAUGCAAAGGUUUAGCCUGUCUCAAGGCUAAAGAGAGCAUCGACCAGUUAGUGUAUCUCUGUCAGACAGACAAGGACGAGGUUCGAGACGCUGCCAAACAGGCUCUGCUGGUCCUCGGUGAAGAGGGAAGGAUGGCGCACCGACACGUGGAGACGUCUCAGGGCGGCAUCCCAAGAAUCUUUGCUCCCAGCAGCAUGGCCAGCACGGCCUUCUAAUGCCACACAGAGGGGCGGGACGAAAAACCACAACGCCACCUUCACGUCGUCAUUCAUAGGAAUGUACGGUUCUUCCCACACGUCACAUGGCAUGGAGUUUGAACACUGUCAGAGAAGUUUGCAAUAAGGACACAACUGUAGUUAGCACUGGAAAAAACAAAACAAAAAGUAAAGUCAGAAAGCUACGUAAUGAACCAGUCAUGUGAACGUCGACGUGCACAUCACGAUUUUAAAAACUCGUGUCGGAUUGUGAACACAUGAAGAAGGACCAUCUGCAGCUUUAACCUCUUAACCCUGAGGUGUUAUUUUUGUUAGAUGCUGUUUCUGUGCAGUGUAUCAUUUUGAUGUCGUUACUGCACAGCGUUUGUGUUUUUGCUUCUUAUUAUUCUAAAAAUAUCUUUCAUCACUCAAUGGGUUUAGAAAUGAAAACCCAAAGACAUUAUUUUGUACACUCCACAUAUUGGUGACGAGCCCCCAAAACGUGCCCGCUGAAAUCCAGGUUCAGAGUUCCAGUGAGAUUUUCUUCAGUUCACUGAUGGAAGAAAAAUAUUUGCAUUUCUGUUUCAUGCUGAUAUUUUAUCUUGAGUUCAGACUUUGUGAAUGUUGGCACUUGUGAUCCGUCGUCAAACUGCUGAACGUUUGAUGUGACAAAAGCAAAUGUGACAGAGGCCAGCAGGAGGCGCUGUGCAGUUAGUAGUCAGUUGGCCUUGUGGACAGUGGAAGGAUACUCUGAACACUCAGGCUAGAGCCCUGGUUUUUAGCCGACUGGUUAGAGUGUCCGCCUCCCAUGCCAGAUAUCGUGAGUUUGCAGGGGCAGGGGGCAAGGUUUUUUUUUGUAGUUGUUUUUCCAAUUGCCUUCUGAAAAUUAUUUUUUAAUAAAAUGCCUCAGUGUCUUUUUUCUAGCUAUUGCAAGCACUUUGAAGUUGAAAAUCCCUGAAUUGAUUUGUCAAUCAAAAUCUAUCACAGUAGAGACAAAAAGCCCAUCUGUGACAGCAGAUUGGACAGAUGCCAAGUUCCUACUGAAGGUGAGUACUUUUUAUCACUGUACAUUAUAAGCUAGUCAUUUUCUGUUUAUUAUUGUCAUAGAAACAAAUCCCAUGCACAGGCGUUUUUUCUCCACUGAAAAACCGCUGAAGUGUUUGUGGGCGUGUUCUCUUCAGCACUCUUCCACCAGAAAAAAAGGGGGAAAAUGCUAUAUGGACGCAGGGCCUCAUAUUCUUUCCCCUGUUAAAGUCUUACAACAUUGAACAGAACAAGCUUAGCUAUUUCAGAUAAUUAUCUGGGUAGCAGCUAAUUAGCCUAGCCCACAUGCUACAGCCUGACAAGCCAGUUAACUUGGAGAAAAUCGACCUUGUUGAGCAAAUAAUGAGAUCUAACAAUUAUUCUGUAAAUAUUUCGAUGAGUGCCACACUGACAGGACUCACAAGAACCCACUCUGUCACCACCAAACUUCAAACCCUGCCUAUUUUGCUGGACCAUGCUGUUAAAAUUCACUUUGUGUGACCGGGAAGAGUUUUCUGCAGACCUUCCAUGAAACUGAAGGAUUAAAACAUUUUUCCAGCAGGGGGCAGAUUAGUGCUGAAUCCUCUGGAGCUGCCAGCUGAAUAUCGUCCACAUUGGCGAAUUCGCUGCAACUCUCCUGACGUUGUUCUUACUUCAGGACAGUGUGGUGACGUCAAUUUGGACCAGUUUUUGCCUAAAAGCAUUUUUGUUUUAUUGUUGUUCAGGCUAUUUUCUUCUUUGUGCUUCCCUGACUGUUACACCACCACCACAGUAGUGCUGCCCCCUGCAGUUGAUUUAGGUUGUUAGUCAUGUUAGUUAAAAGCUGUUAAGUUUGUGCCUUAAGACUGUUCAUAAUCUUGUACUUUUCUCAUGAAGUAUGACUGUAAUAAGCCUCUUUCUCAAAACAUUUCAACUUUAUUUCAAAUUCCCAAAUAUUUUGUCUUCCUGAUAGUGUUUUUUUUUUUUUUUGCCUCUUAACUGCGACAAAUGAGGCAGAAGACGAGUAGCCAUUUUAUUUUGGGGGUUUUUGGGCCUUUAUGCUGAAAUAAAACCACAACUUGAAAUGUUUACUUCAUAUUUUACUUCUGCUGCCACGUUGUGAGUCUAUA